AUGACGGCGAGCACAGCCAACUACCUGUGGUCACUGGGAGAUGUGCUUGGGCAGGGGGCCACAGCCAGCGUCUAUAAGGCCCGCAACAAGGUAGGACUCCAAACUCCCCCCUACAAAAAAAGAUUGCAGUACCUCUUCUUCUUCAGUGGGGUUUAUCGGCGUUUGGCAUUCAACGUUAUGGUGCAUUACCACCACCUACUGUACUGGAGUGUGGGCCAGAGACGGGGAAAAACAAAAUUCUACCUGCCAGCCCCGUUGCUCUUAAACAAGAUAACAAAAUAUUUGAGACUAUAUCUAAUGAAGUUCUACUCAAUAUACUAUUUAAACUAAUUUUCUGUAUCCCCUUCUCCCUCAUUCUAGAUCUCAUCCUCUCUCUUUCCCUCUGAUACUGCCCACACUGUAGCAAUACAUGCUCCGCGGUCUCUGUUUCCUGGCAAUAAUCACACUUUCCUGUUGGAUGCUUUCCUAUCACAUUUAAGGUCUUAUUCAACCGGCUGUGUCCCACACUUAAUCUAAAAAAUAGCCUGUUCUCUUCUGUCCCUUCCUGCCGUCCUCCCCACCCCGAUUUUUCUCUAUACUUGAAAUAAAUGCCUUCCCUUAUUAUCUCUAUUCCACUGCUCCUGCCAUCUCUGCACCAUCACUGUCCAUAUCAGGCUUUUUGCCUCUGCCUUGCUCAUUGAAACUUCAACAUCAACAUCCCCACUACUAAGUGCUUGUUAAGACAGUACAUCUACUGCCUCACUAACUGUAAGUCGCUCUGGAAAAGAGCGUCUGCUAAAUUACUAAAAUGUAAAUGUAAGUGUUCCCCUCCACCCCCACAUGAGCUGGGACCCAAGUAAAGCUUGUCUGUAUACCCAUCUGUCUUAUCCUACCAUGGGUUUGUAGUACCUCAUAAAGCAGGUCUUGUUUGCUACGUGAGCUAAAAGACUGGAGACUCAUCAACACUGCACAUGAAUCAGAGAAAAUAACUACUCUGUCUGGCUUGACUUCCUCCACCCACUGCAAGGCCAACAGUAUGGCCAUCAGCUCCGCCCACUGCAAGGCCAACAGUAUGGCCAUCAGCUCCGCCGUAUAUACAGCCAGAUUAUGUGUAAUACGUUUCCUGACCACCACCCCACAUUCCUGCACUACAAAUGCUGACCCAGUAGGUCCUGUCCUUGGAUCUUUUGAACCAUCUGUGUAAAUGGCCACAAAAUCCUGAUACACAGUAUCCAGACGUCUCUUAAACAAAUCAGAUGGAUCAACACCCUCCCUAUCUUUCUGUAGUCUCGCCAACACUUCUAGAUCAACUACUGGAGGCAGUACCCCUCCUCCCUUUCUCUCCCACUUUAUUUUUCUCUUUCCUACUCCCCCCUUUAUUUGUACCACUAUGUUCCAUACUUGCUUCACUUUCUUCUCCAUCACUAUCUCUGACAAUUGUGUACAGAUCCUUGCAACAUGGGGCUGUUUAUUAUCAUGCUGAAACAUGAGGUGAUGGCGGCAGAUGAAUGACACGACAAUGGGCCUCAGGAUCUCGUCACGGUAUCUCCGUGCAUUCAAAUUGCCAUUGAUAAAAUGCAAUUGUGUUUGUUGUCCGUAGCUUAUGCCUGCCCAUACCAUAACCCCUCUGCCACCAUGGGGCACUCUGUUCACAACGUUGACAUCAGCAAACCGCUCACCCACACAAUGCCAUACACUUGAUAUGGCACACCUGUCAGGUUGUAAUGAGUGUGAUAGGAGUCAGGCGCAGGAGGGUAAAUCACCGAAUACAGAGUUUAUUCCGUCGUACAUAAAUGCGCUGGAUAGCGACACACGAAAACAGGCACAGGGGAACCUAUCUACCCUGUCAAUACACGGUACGGGAUACUCCAACAAUAUACAGGCACAGGGGAAAUAUCUACCCCGGCAAUACAAAGAAGAAGAGCUCCACCGAGCUACACUACUCUCACAAAUAACAAUCACCCACAAGGACAAGGGGGGCAGAGGGAACACUUAAAGACACAGACUAAUGAGGGGAUAAGAACCAGGUGUGUGUAAUUGACAAGACAAGACAAAUGGAAUGAUGAUAUAUUGAGCGGCAGUGGCUAGUAAGCCAGUGACGACGAACGCGGAAGCCUGCCCGAACAAGGAGGGGAGGCAGCCUCGGCGGAAGUCGUGACAGUACCCCCCCCUUGACGCGCAGCUCCAGCAGCGUGCCGACCCCGGCCUCGGGGACGGCCAGGAGGACGCGGAGCAGGGCGAGCCGGAUGGUGACGGUGGAAAUCCCGCAACAGGGAGGGAUUGAGGAUAUCCCUCACCGGGACCCAGCACCGUUCCUCCGGACCGUACCCCUCCCACUCCACGAGGUACUGAAGGCGGUUCCGUGAACGUUCCAUGAAUGCCUUCCAGACCUUGGAUGUGAACUGGCGACCUCGGUCGGACACUAUAUCCUCUGGUAUUCCGUAGUGCCGGAAGACGUGAGUAAACAGGGCCUCCGCAGUUUGCAGGUCCGUGGGGAGACCGGGCAGAGGAGGGAGGCGGCAGGACUUGGAAAAGCGGUCCACGACGACCAGGAUGGUGGUGUUACCUUGGGAGCGGGGAAGAUAAGUUAAAAAAUAGGUGCCUUACUCUGGGUGCACACCGAGCAGGAGGAGACGUACACCCUUACGUCCUUAGCCAAGGUAGGCCACCAGUACUUUCCGGUCAGGCAGCGCACUGUACGACCGAUACCUGGGUGACCAGAGGAGGGUGAUGUGUGUGCCCAGUAGACCAGACGAUCACGGAUAAGAGCAGGCACGUACCGCAGCCCAGCUGGACACUGAGGUGGAGAUGGAUCUGUGCGUAAUGCCUGCUCUAUAUCCGCGUCCAUCGCCCAUACUACCGGCGCCACAAUCCAUACUACCGGCGCCACAAUGCAGCCCGGGAGUAUGGGGGUGUUGUCUCUGGGCCUCUCCUCUGUGUCAUACAGCCGGGACAGUGCAUCUGCCUUCACGUUCUUCGUACCCGGAACAGUGUAAAAUCAAACCGGGUGAAGAAUAGAGCCCACCUGGCCUGGCGAGGAUUCAGCCUCCUCGCUGCCCGGAUGUACACCAGGUUACGGUGGUCCGUCCAGACGAGGAAAGGGUGUUUCGCUUCUUCGAGCCAUUGCCUCCACACGGUCAAAACUCGGACAACAGCCAACAGCUCCCAAUCACCAACGUCGUAGUUCUGCUCCACCGGGCUGAGCUUCUUAGAGAAGAAGACACAGGGGCGGAGCUUGGGUGGUGUGCCCGAGCGUUGAGAUAGGACAGCGCCUAUCCCUACCUGGGACGCAUCCACCUCCACUACGAACGGUAGUAAUGGAUCGGGGUGGACCAGUACCGGGCUGAGGUGAACAGACCCCGCAGUCUCCUGAAGGCCAGGUCAGCCUCAGCAGACCAGCUGAGCCGGGACGGCCCACCCUUCAACAGGGAUGUAAUGGGAGCUGCGACCUUGCCAAAGCCCUGGAUAAACCUUCAAUAGUAAUUGGCGAAGCCAAGGAAGCGCUGCACCUCCUUAACCGUGGUUGGAGUCGGCCAAUUACACACGGCUGAAAUGCGAUCUCCCUCCAUCUCCACACCUGAGGUGGUAAUGCGGUAUCCGAGGAAGGAGACGGACUGCUGGAAAAACAUACACUUCUCUGCCUUGGCAUAAAGGUAAUUUUCCAACAGUCGGGCCAGCACUUUGCGAACCAGGGACACAUGCUCGGCGCGCGUGGCAGAAUACACCAGGAUGUCAUCGAUGUAGACCACCACACCGCGACCAAGCAUGUCCCGAAACACCUCGUUCACAAAGGACUGGAAGACGGAUGGAGCAUUCAUCAAACCGUAGGGCAUCACCAGGUAUUCAUAAUGCCCCGUGGUUGUGCUGAAUGCUGUCUUCCACUCAUCCCCCUCCCGAACACGCACCAGCUUGUAUGCACUCCUGAGAUCUAAUUUGGUGAAGAAGCGUGCCCCAUGCAUUGACUCAAUCACUGAAGGAAUGAGGGGGAGAGGAUAACUAAAUCUUAUCGUCUCCUUGUUCAGUGAUCGAUAAUCAAUGCACGGGCGCAGACCACCGUCUUUCUUCUUCACAAAGAAGAAACUUGAGGAAGCGGGUGAAGUGGAGGGACGUAUAUACCCCUGGCCCAGGGACUCGGUGACGUAUGUUUCCAUAGCCUCCAUUUCAGCCUGCGGCAGGGGGUACACAUGACUCCUGGGAGGUGCAGCGUCUACCCGAAGGUUUAUCGUGCAAUCCCCCGCCCGAUGAGGUGGUAAUUUUGUCACCUGCGUCUUCGGAAACGCAUACACCAGAUCGAGGUAUUCGGGGGGAAUGCGCACGGUGAAGGUACCGUCUGGACCUUCCACUGUGGUUGCACCAACGGAAACACCUAGACACCUACCCUGACACUCUCGCGACCACCCUGUGAGAACCCUCUGCGGCCAUGAGAAGGUGGGGUUGUGGAGUGCUAGCCAAGGGAUACCUAAUACCACAGGGAAAGCAGGAGACUCAAUAAUAGAAAAAUUAACCUGCUCACAAUGAGUCUCCUUGGUGAUCAUGGUGACUGGUACAGUAACUUCCAUCACUUUCCCGUAGUUCUCCAACGCGGCUCCUCCUCCGUUCAAAACCGCGUUGGCCCACUCCAGGGCUUUCCCCGAGAGGCAGGAAACGAGGACGGACACCUUCUCCCGCUCCGAUGGGGCCGGCCUGAUGCUGGAGAAGUAGAGCUCCAGUUGGAGGAGGAAUCCUUGGCAGAGCGCCGCCGUCCUGUCGAACGCCCGUGGUCGGGAUAUCUCGAUCCCUCCGGGUGCUGGGGUGUAGGUGGCUGGAUCCGGUUGGCCAGCUGGUCUCAACAGAUCGGGUCCUCUCCUCUCUAGGCGUUGGACGACCUGAAGAACCCGAUCCAUUGCUUCCCCCAAACUGGCCAGCAUCGUGGAAUGCUCCUGGACCCAUGCCACGACUCCAGGCAAGCGCUCCUCUCCCGCUGACUCCAUAACGGGUGGGUGAUUCUGUGAUGAGUGUGAUAGGAGUCAGGCGCAGGAGGGUAAAUCACCGAAUACAGAGUUUAUUCCAUCGUAGACAAAUGCGCUGGAUAGCGACACACGAAAACAGGCACAGGGGAACCUAUCUACCCUGGCAAUACACAGUACGGGAUACUCCAACAAUAUACAGGCACAGGGGAAAUAUCUACCGCGGCAAUACAAAGGGAGAGUAGCUCCACCGAGCUACACUGCUCUCACAAAUAACAAUCACCCACAAGGACAAGGGGGGUAGAGGGAACACUUAUACACAGACUAAUGAGGGGAUAAGAACCAGGUGUGUGUAAUUGACAAGACAAGACAAAUGGAAUGAUGAAUAAUGGAGCGGCAGUGGCUAGUAAGCCGGUGACGACGAACGCCGAAGCCUGCCCGAACAAGGAGGGGAGGCAGCCUCGGCGGAAGUCGUGACACAGGUGGAUGGAUUAUCUUGGAAAAGGAGAAAUGCUCACUAACAGGGAUGUAAACAAAUUUGUGCACAACAUUUGAGAGAAAUAAGCAGAACAUUUCUGGGAUCUUUUAUUUCAGCUAAUGAAACAUGGGACCAACACUUUACAUGCUGCGUUUAUAUUUUUGUUCAGUGUAGAUCAAACACAUCAAAGAGUGAGUGAGAUGUCAUGCGAUAGCUAACUAACUAACUUUUGAUAACUAACUUUGUAUGUGUGUGUGUGUGUGUGUGUGUAGAAGACAGGGGAGCAGGUUGCGGUGAAGGUGUUUAACCUGAUGAGCUACAGUCGUCCGUACAAGGUUCAGAUAAGAGAAUUCGAGAUGCACAGGAGACUCAACCACAACAACAUCGUCAAGCUCUUCUCUGUGGAGGAGGUAAGGAUGGGGGGGGGGGGGGGAGAGAGAGGAGAAGAGGCGUAGCAACAAACUGUUUUUUUACUUUCGUAAACCCCCCAUCUCUCUCUGUCUCUAGCUGAGCAGUAAACAGAAGGUGUUGGUGAUGGAGUAUUGUUCAGGAGGCUGUCUGCUCAGUCUGCUGGAGGAGCCAGAGAACGCCUUCGGUCUUCCAGAACCAGAGUUCCUCAUAGUACUACAGUGUGUGGGUGAGUGUGUGUGGUUGGAGGGGUAGAGAGGUAGAGGGGUUAGGGGCCUGGAGAUGAGGGGAGAAGGUGCCCCCCUCCCCCAAUCAUUUGGAUGAACCAUUCAUCUUAUAUCUUCUAGUGCACGGGAUGAACCAUCUGCGUGAGAACGGGGUGGUGCAUCGGGACAUUAAGCCUGGGAACAUCAUUCGUCAGGUGGGAGAGGACGGGAGGUCCAUCUAUAAGCUAACAGACUUCGGAGCGGCCAGAGAACUAGAGGAUGAUGAGAAGUUUGUCUCCCUCUACGGAACAGAGGAAUACCUGGUGAGAGAGGGAGGAGAGGUGUACCGAGGGAGUAAAGAGGAGAGGUAGUGGAGGAGAGAAGACAGGGAGGCUAUGGGGAGAAGAGGAGAAGGGUAAGAGACAGUUUAAUUUAUUAGGAACCCCAUUAGCUACUGCACACGCUGUAGCUACUCUUCCUGGGGUCCACAUAAAACGUACAAAUACAUGACAAAGUACAGAACCGUUAUAGACAACAACAACAGGUCGGAGAGGAGAGAUUUAAUUGAAUGUUCUCUCAGACAUGUCUGAGCGUGCAGUUUUUCAUAAGUCUCAGCAGAUAACUUAAGGUAGGGCAGGCUAUGGUAUUUAGGGCAGGCUAUGGUAUUUAGGGCAGGCUAUAGUAUUUAGCGUGUGUGCGCGUGUGUGUAGCACCCAGACAUGUAUGAGCGCGCAGUGCUGCGGAAGCCCCAGCAGAAGACCUAUGGUGUGAGUGUUGACCUGUGGAGUAUUGGAGUGACGUUUUACCACGCUGCCACCGGUUCUUUACCCUUCACACCCUACGGAGGACCCCGCAAGAACAAACCCACCAUGUAAGUCUGUGUUUGUUGUGUGUUUCAUAGCUCGAACAGUUAGUGUGUAUGUAAUUACUAUGGGUCAAUUGUAAUUACAUUGAAAUUAACAAGUUAUUGCUAUUUUAUUUAUUUGGGAUUCAUCAAAACACAACACCAGCUGAAACAGGACGGUACAAUAAAUAGCUAGUGUCCUCUCCUCUGCUCCCCCUCUCCUUGCCGUGUAGGUAUAAGAUCACCACAGAGAAGCCGGUAGGGGCCAUUGCUGGAGUCCAGAGGGUCAAUGACGGACCUAUACAGUGGAGCUACCACCUACCCCACAGCUGCCAGCUCUCAAAGUCAGUACCUCUGUGUUUGUGUCAGACCUUUAGUCCCUCACUCUCUUUUUACCAAAUCCCUCUCCUCAUUCUUCCACUUCUUCUCUUCUCUCCCCCCCCUGUGUGUAGGGGUCUGAGUGGUCAGCUAGUGCCAGUGUUAGCUGGUAUAUUGGAGGCAGACCAGGAGAGGUGUUGGGCAUUUGACCAGUUUUUUUCUGCCACCACAGACAUACUACAGAGAGUCUCAGUCCAUCUGUUCUCCCUGCAACAGGCCGCAACUCACCGCAUAUACAUACACCACUACAACACGUGAGUCUACACCCAAACACACACACACACACGUACAGUGUACACACACACACACACUCACACACACACACACACACACUUGCCAGUCUUUACUCACACCCACCUGUGCCCCCACACCUCUCCCGUCUCCCAGGGCGGCCGUCUUCUGUGAGGAGGUGGCGUCUCAGACGGGGGUGGGGCUGGAGCAACAGCACUUCCUGUUCCUGGGUCAUGACCUUUCCCUGGAGGGCUCUAUGAAGGUGGUCAACUUCCCCCCGACCUCGCCCUCCCAGCCCCUACUGCUGCUCAGCCGCGCCCCAGAGACACACGCUGGACUCCCCUACAGCGAAUGUAAGCUGAUCCUCCUGGCCCCUUUGGCCCAGACCCUUAAAUCACUAUCCCCCCCAAAAAACCUAAAACAUCCAACAUCCCCUAGCCACUACCAUCUCUACCACACUUUCUACCUCACACACACACACACAUUCUGCUCACCAGUUCUCCUCAGUAGCCCCCUGGGUGAUGUGAUAUUACAGGGGUCCCUUGUGUCUACCCCACUACUCAUAUAAAUGGUAUAGGGGCCUCUUCACCUCUCUGCCACAAACACACACACACACACACACACACACACACACACACACACACACACACAUUAAUAUUGUGUUUCUAAUGGAUUAAAACCCUUUAAAUAAUGUGUUUUGUCUUCUGUAGCGGAGAUGCCCAUUAUCCCAUCCCGGUUUGACGUUGUGGCUGACUACUCUUUCUCCAAGGUAGGUGUGUCACUCCACACACGUGAGUCAUGGGAUCCAGCAUUGUUUGAACAACUGGAAGAGACAGUUAAAACUCUCUGAAUGAUCGGCACCUCCUUACCUUCAGGCUCUGAUCAGUCCCUACACCCAAACGAGGGCAUUGCGUUCUUCCACCUCUGGCCUGCUGGUCCCCCUACCUCUGUAGAAGCACAGUUCCCGCUCAGCCCAGUCAAAAAUGUUCACUGCUCUGGCACCCCAAUGGUGGAACAAGCUCCCCCACGACGCCAGGACAGCAGAGUCACUGACCACCUUCCGGAGACACUUGAAACCCUACCUCUUUAAGGAAUACCUGGGAUAGUAUAAAAGUAAUCCUUCUACCCCCCCCCCCCAACAAAAAAUAAAAUACAAAAAAUUAAUAAAAAUAUGUUUUAUAUAGUCUAAAAAUAAAACAUUAAAAUAUUUGAAAGAAAAAAAUAAAAUAAAAAUUGGAAAGUGGUUGUCCCACUGGCUAUCAUAAGGUGAAUGCACCAAUUUGUAAGUCGCUCUGGAUAAGAGCGUCUGCUAAAUGACGUAAAUGUAAAUGCAUCUGUUGAUGGCGGUGUUUUUCUAUUUAGUGAAUCACUCUUAAUCAACCCCCCUCUUUUCCCUCCUCUCUCCCAUUCUCCUCCUCUCAUCCCUCUCUUUUCUCCUGUCUAGGUGAUAGUAGGAGUGGUCCAUCAGUAUGUGAGGAUAAUGCGUUCCUUACACACACACAGAGAGGUGCUCCUACAUGGAUACUACAGCUUCAUGUGAGAUACACACAUACCGUUAGAACAAACCAGCAACAUCCCACCAAUCAGCCAUGAUUGAUGCUCUCCUCUCUGUCCCCCCCCCCCCCCCCCCCCCCCCCCCCCCCCCCCCCCCCCACUCCCAGCGAGAAGGUGCGUAGGGAGUGUGGCGACGCGAUGCUCGGUAUCAGCACGGUCGACAUGAGACUGCAGUCCUGCCACAGCUCUGAGCGCAGACUACAUACACUGUGAGUGACAGACCACAUACACACAGUCACAUACCAACACUUACAAUCUCAGUCAUUGUAACAUUGUGAGCAAUGAACACCUAAACCAGUUGUAGCAAUACUUUAAUUUAUCUAUCACCGUGCCUCAUGUCCUCCUCUCAUCCUCUCCUCUCAUCCUGUCCUCCCAUCCUCUCCUCUUGCAGAGGCCAGUUUCCCAUUGACGCCCCAGAGGCCAGUUUCCCAUUGAAGCUGCGGCUGGUGAGAGAUAUACUAUUGAAACCACAGGAGACUGCUGAGGGGAGAACGGCUCAUAAUAAUGGCUGGAACAGAGCAAAUGGAAUGGCAUCAAACACCUGGAAACCAUGUGUUUGAUGUAUUUGAUACCAUUCCAUUAAUUCCGCUCCAGUCAUUACCAUGAGCCUGUCCUCCCCAAUUAAGGUGCCAAUUCAGUUGAAACUGACUGGGGAAGGGUGUUGCGUGGUGGGGAUGGGAAGGGUCCUUGAUCUUGGCUGGUGUUGCACUUGUUUGUCCCUUUUCUCUCCAUGUAGAUCAGGGAGAACCUGCCAGUGUACACCAGGGGGAUCCGGGAGUUCCAGACCCGUCUAGAACACCUUCACGUAGAACUGGCCAAACACUCUGAAAAUCUGUCUGAGGACAAGAGGUGA